GACUGCUAUACUAUUCGCGAUGAAGUCCUUUUUGCUCCCAAACCAAGGAAAGACCUUUGUCCCGUUGGUGUGGGUCAGAUACCCCGUACUUCAACUAACCUGCCGGCCGCUUUCCCCUACACUCAACAGAACCAGUUCAUCGGAGGUCCCACGCUUCCCCCCUCAUUCAGGAUCCUUCGCGCCUGCUGCGAUCUGGAUUCGGAUGAUCAAUCGAGCGGCUUUUUGUCCAGUUCUUCCUGGGUGAUCCUCUAUCCGGUUGGGGAUUUUCCUUCGAUCGGCUUCUCCUCCUAAGAGGUUCCACUAGUAUGCUCAUCCUACUUGAUGCCAGAAAUCCAGAGUCAUUUUAACUACUUUUAUAGCAGAAAGAACACUUCAAUUCCAUUAGCUCACAGCUUCAAGUUCAUCAUCCUCUGUCUCUGCUCAACCAAUAAUACAGAUUUCAGUCACACAUACAGAAAUGGGUAACACUGUUGCCGAGGAAGACAUAGAAGACAUACCAAAUUCAGAUGCAAAUCCACCAAUUUUGACUGAAUAUCACAUCACAGUCCCUACCCUUCACGACGGACUAAUGCAAGGGGAACACCAACACGAGAGAAGGCUUCUGGAUUUCCUGAAAGCAACGCCUUCAGUGCAAUGGCUGAAGGACAUCAACGUCUGCGCGCCACUGGGAAAAUUUCAGCUGCCAUCGAUCGGCGUCCACCGCUACCUCCAUGUCCACUUCAUCAGAACUGUCGACUGGAGCUCACUGCUCGCCAUCUGCAAGAACCACCUCAAGCAUCCCCUCAACAUCGCCCUACUCAUCUGGCUGCUCUGCGUCGCCGCCGCCGGCGCCAUGCUUGGGCUGCUCCUGUUGGGGCUGCUGAACAAGGCAUUCCCUUCCAGGGCACUGAGGCACCACUGGAUAGAGAUCGACAACCAGAUCCUCAACGCGCUCUUCACGCUCAUGAGCAUCUACCAGCACCCCAUCCUCGUCCACCACCUCGUUCUCCUCUGCCGGUGGCAGCCGGAGGACGCCGCCGAGGUAAGAAAGGUGUACUGCAAGAAUGGCGCCCGCCGUCCCAACGAGCGAGCGCACAUGUCCUUCGUGGUGGCCCUCCUCCACAUUACAUGCAUUUCGCAGUACAUGGAGUGCAGCCUCUACUGGGGCUACCCAAGCAGGUCACGCUCCGAGUUCGCCGAGAACUUCUUCUUCAUCCUCGGCGUCGCCGCGCCGGUCGUCGCCGGCGCUCAUAUGGUGUACAGCCCUCUAGGCAGAGACGACGACGUCGCUGCCGCCUCCUGCGAAGAGGCCAAGCAGCUCCACUCAGCCGGAGCCGAAGAAUCGACGGAAGAAACGACGGCUGUCGGCAACCCGAUGUGGGCGGGGGAGCUGCUGGACUGCGGCGAGGACCCGGCGGCGUGCUACCUGUCGUUCCUGUGCACGUUCUGCGUGUUCGGCUGGAACAUGGAGCGGCUCGGGCUGGGCAACAUGUACAUGCACACCGCCAUGUUCCUGCUGCUGUGCGUCGCGCCCUUGUGGGUGUUCAACGUCACGGCGCUCAGCAUCCACGACUACGCCCUCAGCGACGCCUUCGGCGGCGCCGGGGUGGUGCUCUGCUUCCUCGGCCUCCUGUACGGCGGUUUCUGGAGGAUCCAGAUGAGGAAGCGGCUCGGGCUGCCCCGGAGCAGGUGGUGCUGCGGCUCGUCGUCGCUGACGGACUACGCGCAGUGGCUGCUCUGCUGGCCGUGCGCGCUCGCGCAGGAGGUGCGCACGGCGAACCUGUACGGCCUGAGGGACGACGGCGGUCUCUACGGGAAGCUGGUGGACGGCGGUGACCCGGAGCGAGGGCCGGACGUGCCGGUCUGCGUUGGGAUGCACGAGGGGAUCGAUGCUGCCGUCCAUCUCGCGGUGGACGGCGAGAUGAUCCCGCCCGUCCAGCCGGUGGUAGAGUCUGGACGGCAGAGGCAAGCCGGCGACGAAGAAAUUGUUGCAAAUGGCAGUAGCGUCCAGCUCCAAAGUUGACCGCAGCUAUUGGAUGGUGACUGAUGCUGUAUACUAAUGCGAAAGCUGACGGAUAGAUUCUUGCUUUUCGUGAUCGAUGUCACCAUUUUGACAUUGUUAUGCUCCUGGUUUGUCAUGUUCUGCACAGGACUUUAGGUCGUCAGUCAUUACUUAGUCCAGUUUUAUUCAGAUCAUCUACCUUGACACUCCAACAGAUGUCAUCUUUCAUUGAUUCUUUUCGUAUUGCACGUUACUAGAAGAAGAAGAAGAAAGUCUCUCUUGAUUAUUUUGAGAGGCACCUACUAUGACGAUGAUGAUGAAAUAUGAAAUCAUGUGUAAGCCUCUGGUUAAAGAAUAAUGUACCAUGUCAGCUAGUGUGUUCCAGUAACUUCAGAAAGAUUUAGCUGGAGCCAGUUCAAAAGUGGAUUCUUGCGCGUUUCAUGGUAGCCUUGGGCAACCUGUAGAGUCCCUCUCCAAGUGUGAAAGAAAUGCUCCAAUGCCCUGCCUUCACGAUGACAGCUUUAAAGCGAACCGAUGCUGUGUGCUUUGUCAUUCACGGUGGAGAACAAAAGUUUGCCGUUGCUUGUAGAAAUGAGAAAGGUACAGACGCAUUAUAUAAGCUCCAGGAUACAGAGACUGAAACCUCUCUACUCCCGAGCUCUCCGAGAAGUAAGUGGUGGCUGCACCUCCACAGUAGCAGUCUCCUGUUCAGUUCUGCUCGCCGGGAAGCCAAGCCAUGGCUGUGGUGGAGCUCAAGGUCGGGAUGCACUGCGACAGGUGCAUCAAGUCGAUCAAGAAGGCGAUCAAGACGAUCGAUGGUUCCAAAGCCUCUGACCCACUCGACAAAAGACAGUCUCACUUUCCAUACUUGCAGUAUAUCUGUAUAUGAUUAAUUAUUAACCUGGUUUGUGCGUGCGUAUGUGCAGACAUGGAGAGCUACCAGCUCGAGAAAGAAACGAACAAGGUGACCGUGACGGGGAACAUCACCCCGGAGGAAGUGGUGAAGGCUCUGCAGAAGAUCGGGAAGACGGUAACUUACUGGGGCGAGUGAAGAACAGAGCCCAGAGGAAGAGGGAACAGACGGUAACAUAGUGCUGCUGGGGCGAAGACUAAAGCGCACGGAAUCAGCUAGCUAGCUAGUUACUGUAUUUACCAUGGGAUAUCAGGAGCUAUUUGUACUGCAGAUCGGGUAAUUGUGGUGAGUUUCUUUGAACUGCUAGAUGUUGGUUCUUCCCUCGCUUGAUCAUAUAUUGACCGCGGCGUCGUCGUGUUGGGUUAGCUCAUCUGUACUCAUGGCAAAAUCUUGUAGAGGAUGAACCCAAUUUUUGUACGUUUUCACGGGGAAUAUAUGUAUGAAAAGAGUGAUAUGUUUCA